AUGGCUCUGGCUCGCUCUGGCUCCCUCCGUCGCUCCCUCUUGCGUUUUCGAGUGCUCAAGUUGCCACCCUCUCGGUCACGCUCCCCUGGCCGCCUCCUUCCACUUCAAGGGCAUAGCCGUGGGCAAAACCUUGAUGCGCCGUCGCCGAGAUGGCGGUUGACGUUUGACGAUAAAAGGAGCCGCAUCUCCAGGCCAUCCAUUGUCCGUUUUCGAAGAGAUCAUCAUCGAAGCAAUAUUCUCUUCUGUCUAUCUCAAACCCUCAUCGAGGCUUCAAGCUCCCCGACGGUCAUCAUCAACCAUACCAACAAUCCUUCCCAAGGCUUCGCCAUGUGCCCCAGCCAGCGUACCCAGCAGCCGGCCGCUCGCCGGGUCCAGUACAUGUGGAUCUGCCACAACUGCGCCGGCGGUACCAUGCUGUACGAUACGACGCCCGCCUGCGUCUUUUGCGGCCACAUUCGAUGCGCCUACUGCGUCGUCAGCCGGGAUUUGGUUUGA